AUGGAGGUAAAACCGCGGCCCAGUCGUUCCCAGCCUGACUCGGGCAGUCGCUGUCACUGCCGGGGAGAGGAGGGCAAUGAUCCAAAGGAGCCAGAGCAGUUGAGGAAGCUGUUUAUUGGUGGUCUGAGUUUUGAAACUACCGACGAUAGUUUAAGAGAACAUUCUGAAAAAUGGGGCAUACUCACAGAUUGUGUGGUAAUGAGAGAUCCUCAAACAAAACGCUCCAGAGGCUUUGGUUUUGUGACUUUCUCUUGUGCUGAAGAGGUGGAUGCAGCAAUGUGUGCUCGACCACACAAAGUUGAUGCGCGUGUAGUGGAACUAAAGAGAACUGUUUCUAGAGAGGAUUCAGUAAAGCCUGGUGCCCCUGUAACAGUGAAGAAAUUUUUUUUUGGUGGUAUUAAAGAAGAUACAGAAGAAUAUAAUUUGAGAGAUUACUUUGAAAAAUAUGGCAAGAUUAAAACCAUAGAAGUUAUGGAAGACAGGCAAAGUGGGAAAAAGAAAGGAUUUGCUUUUGUAACUUUUGAUGAUCAUGACACAGUUGAUAAAAUUGUUGUUCAGAAAUACCACACUAUUAAUGGGCAUAAUUGUGACGUGAAAAAGGCCCUUUCUAAACAAGAGAUGCAGUCUGCUGGAUCACAAAGAGGCCGUGGAAGUGGAUCUGGCAACUUUAUGGGUCGUGGAGGAAACUUUGGAGGUGGUGGAGGGAAUUUUGGCCGUGGUGGAAACUUUGGUGGAAAAGGAGGUUACGGUGGUGAAGGAGGUGGCAGCAGAGGUAGUUAUGGAGGAGGUGAUGGUGGAUAUAAUGGAUUUGGAGGUGAUGGUGGAAACUAUGGUGGUGGUUCUGGUUACAGUAGUAGAGGAGGGUAUGGUGUGGUGGUGGCAGGAUAUGGAAACCAAGGUGGUGGAUACGGUGGUGGUGGUGGAGGAGGAUACGAUGGUUACAACAAAGGAGGAAAUUUUGGUGGUGGUAACUAUGUUGGUGGUGGGAAUUAUAAUGAUUUUGGAAAUUACAGUGGACAGCAACAAUCAAAUUAUGGACCCAUGAAGGGGGGCAGUUUUGGUGGAAGAAGCUCUGGCAGUCCUUAUGGUGGUGGUUAUGGAUCUGGUGGUGGAAGUGGUGGAUAUGGUAGCAGAAGGUUUUAA